UCUUUCUUGGUCUUGGGUUGGUGCUCAGAGCGGAGAGAGCGCUUAUGGAAUUUGUGGUUACAUAGUAUUUCGUCGGGUAACUCGAUGCGCUGGAAGGGGGAAGGCAGAAGAUCCCUCCUUGCCGACAACGCAUUGAGACUUCCAGAAAUCUCUCCUUCUGAAGACGUUAGAAAGAGGAAAAUGGCCUCUAAAGUUACAAUCGAUGGAGUAAGUUUUGUAUAGACAGAAUAUAUGGAACCGUUACGUGUAGCCGCCUAGUAAGCAGAGGUUGCACUGUCUACAUUAACAUAGAAAAUGAAAUGUAUGUCAUUUCAGCUGCAGAAACGGAGAAAGGAGGCAUUGGACGACUGCCACAAUAUUUCUUAUCAUCGGGGAGUUAUUUUUUUGUCACCAGAAUGGAAUGGUUUUUCUUUGACACUGCAAAAAUGAAACAGACACUGCAUCUCUGUGUGUUAUGGCUGUUGCUGGUAUGGAGCACAGGGGCCUCUGACAGGAGACCCCUCAAAAGGACAAUCUUACGACGAACAUCCCUCCAGGGGGGGAUUUUUAACAGAACACAAAAUGUGCUGAACUCUGACAGUAUUGCUCCUUCCGCUGGUGGUAUAAAUGUAUCCCCUAUGACGAGCCAUCGUGACAGAAUGCAGAGAGAUGAGAAAGUUGAGCCUCCAAGAAGAGGAAAAGAACCACCAAGAAGAAGGAUGAUGCCAAGCAGAAGAAUACCCCAACAACCAAAGAAACCCAUAAACCAGGUUGGCAGUGGCACUGGCACAUCUCAAGACAACAGUAAACCAGUGACAGGGGAGGCGGUUCAGCCUCAGUCCACACCAGCCCGCACCGGCCCCGGCAGCGCAGGCUCCCUCAACGUCCUGGCCAGCUUCGCAGGGAAGAACCGGGUCCUGGUCAUCUCCGCCCCACAUGACUCAGACGGUUACUAUCGCCUGAUGAUGACCCUCCUCAAGUCGGACGUCUACUGCCAGAUGGCGGAGCGGCACAUGCAGAUGAUAGUGAUGUUCCACCAGGAGGGAGAGCGAGGCGGGAAGGUGCGGCGGGUCAACGCCAAGGGACAGGUGACGGAGGAGCCCCUGGAUACGGUCCUCAUCCCCAGGCUGAUGAACUUCCUGAAGCUGGAGGAGGGGAAGUUUGGCAUGGUUCUCCUUAGGAAGACCCUCCAGGUGGAGGAGAGGUACCCGUACCCGGUCAGGCUGGAGGCUAUGUACGAGGUGAUGGACCAGACCCACAUGCGCAAGCUGGAGAAGGCCAGGCAGAGGGGCUUCGUGCAGAGGUGCAAGGCGGCCGGUGUUGAGGGCCAGGUGGUUGAGUUUCAGGGCCAGGGGGUAUUGACCACGGGGUCAGAGGUCACAGUGAACUCUACAGUGGAGAGGGUGCCAGUGAGGAAAGGGGUGCAGAGACCAGCUCAAGGACCAAAGGCUGUGACAGUUACCACAACCCGACCAACCACAAAACCAACUAUGACCACAAAGGCAACCACAAUUACAACAAAGACAACCACCACAACAAAACCAACAAGAACAACAAAAAAAACAACUACAACCACAACAAAACCACCACCAACAACAAAAGCAACCACAACCAUAACUACAGCAAAGCCAACCACAACCCCCACCAGAAAAACAACCACGACCACAACAAAACCAACAACUACUACAACGACCACAAAAGUAACCACCACAACAAAACCAACAACCACAACAAAAACAACCACGACCACCACUACUAUAAAACCAACCACCACAACAAAACCAAAAACUACAACAACACGACGAACCACAACCACAACCACCACAAAACCCACAGUUCCGAAGCCCUUGGACCCCCAGACAACACCGCACUGGGACCUAGAGGUCCCCACCACAGACGAAUCCUCCUACAUCCUCUCAGAGACCCACAAAAAUGGCAUAGAUGACGUUACAGAAUCCCACAGAGACCAAUAUGAAGAAGACACAACCGACGAUACCAAACAUGGCCGACAAGUUGUUACCUCUCCAACUCAGCUCACUAACAACAAACCAACUGAAGGAGGGGAAGAGCUGGGCAGUGAACUUAAGGUUGACUCUGAUGCACAGGUGGAAACAGCUUCCCCCAAGAAGAGCAAGGUCAAGCGGCCUGUCAAUGCAGAGAGGAAGAAAAAGGCUGAUAAAUCAGGCAAAAAGAGUAAAGCAGACAAGAAAAGGUUGAAGGCUACUAAAGACAGUGAUGGGGGCUUCUAUCGUGGCAGGAGACCAGGGAAGAAGGCCGCUAUUAACCAGGAGAAAGAAGCAGACAACAAGAGGCCCCCCACAAAACAGCCAAACCUCUUAGUAUCCUUUUUUGGUCAUUUUGAGAAGAGACGACGUCUACUUGUGAUCAGUACUCCAGACGAGGAGAAUCCUAUGUACACGCAGCAGAGAGAUGAGUAUCUGGAGCAUGUGUGUGAAUUGGGUGUCAGAAAAAUCUCUCUUAUCACCAUCUUUGGCUCUCUGACCAAUGGCACCAUGAAGAUGGACCAUUACCAGCCUGAGAAGGAUCAGCCUCUGAAAGGCAUGAAAGACGAGGACUUCACAAACCAGCCCCUCAUCAGAGCCUUGAGGACUGAGUUGGGACUGAUAUUUGACGACUACUAUAUGGUGCUGACCGACUUUGAUAUGAAAGUGAAGCAAGAAUAUGAGGUGCCCAUCGCCAUGACGGCUGUGUUUGACUACAUAGACACAUUCUCUUCUCGCAUCAAGGAGAUGGAACAGCAGAAGAGACAAGGAGUGACGUGUAAGACAGAAGACAAAUCCAAAUCCCUGGAGAACUUCCUCUCACGGUUCCGCUGGAGACGCAGGCUGUUUGUGAUCUCCUCCUCUGACGACGAGGAAUGGGCCUAUCAGCAGCAGCUCUACGCCCUGACUAGCCAGGCCUGCAAUCUGGGCCUGCGCCACUUGUCUGUGCUGAAGCUGAUUGGAAAGGACAUGGAGGAUAUGGGCGGGACCCUUGAGCUAUACCCAAUCAACGGGACUGCCACUGUGGAACGUGAGGACGUUUCUCCCUCUCUGGUGCAGGACAUCAGGAACUACUUCCAGAUCAGCCCAGAGUACUUCUCUAUGCUGCUGGUGGGGAAAGACGGCAACGUCAAGUCCUGGUACCCGUCUCCCAUGUGGUCCAUGUCCAUCAUAUAUGACCUGGUUGACUCCAUGCAGCUCCGCAGACAGGAGAUGGCUAUCCAGCAGUCCCUUGGCAUGCGCUGUCCUGAGGAUGAGUAUGGGGGCUACGGUCAUGACAGAGACCCCGAUGGUUACCACCGUGGAUAUGGUUACUAAAGGAUUGAGAAUAGGAUGUUCCCCUUAGGAUGUGUUCGAUUUUCUAUUAAGGCCUGGUUGUGGCCUUGUCCCAUGAACUAUAUGAAGCCAUUGUAUGAAUGGCAUUUCAUGAAAGCUUUUUUAAUGGCAUUUUGAUAACUGUGACGUUGUUUUAUAAGAAUUGACUUUUCUAUAAUAGAUUAUGAAAAUGCAGCAUACUUUUUCUUCCAUAUAUUUUUGAAUAUGAUUUGUUUCACAGGGAGAAUGGAGAUUUCAGAUUAAAAACUUUUGGCAAUUGC